GGUUCGAGAGGGACAAGGUCGAACCACAUCACACACAGUACGUGUGACAGAGCCGCCGCAAGGGUGUUCGAGUUGCCGCCGCCGCCGAGAGUUAGAGAUGUAUGACACCCGUCGGUCGCCGGAAUAAGCUCGCGGAAGUAGAGCACGCCGGCACGCUGCCCCUGCCGGUUUCUCCACCACCCGGCUCUCCUCCCCAAGCCGGUCUCAGUAUUUGUCACCGCAAACCGCCGGCUGACGGGUGCAUCCGAGCAGAGCACGCCGUCCUCUUCAGCCUUCGCAGCCAUCAGCCUCCCCCCCCCCCCCUCUCUUUCCCCACCAGUCUCCCGUUCUCGACGCCGUGCAUCACACAAAAAGGUUUACCCAUUGUUGCCCUCUUACACGAGGUGCGGGUCAAACCUGAACCUCUGAAUUUUGGCCUUGAACAUGGUCCGUCCACUCUUCGCCCGGCUCCCGCCGCCUCCGGAUUACGCCCCUAUGUUUCCUGACUGGGUCCUCCUCGACACUGUAGUGCGCGGGGCUAACUACGACUGGAAGAAAAUGUCAAUGGCUCAAUGUUCUGCUUCCUUGGCUACCACAGCCAGAACAUUCGUGGAUGUCAAAAGUGAGGCGGAGUCCCAGGAAGAAGUGGUGGUGGAGGUGGAGGUUUCCUUCUUAUUCGUCAGCCCACCGGAUAUAUCUGGUUUCAUUGUCCAUGUCGGGGAUUAUGGGUUGUCGAAUGGUGCGUGCGUCGUCAGCACCGACGGCGAUGCUGUUCUGCUAGCCAUUACCAUGGCAGCCUUCAAGAGAAGGCGUUAUUUUGUCUACACGGCUGGCCUCGGGAAGCCGUCACUUGAGGUGCUCCCGUACCCACCAAACGAAUUUCCUCAGACCCAAUCGGUCGGCAUCCUCAACCACAGUCAGGGUUAUGUUGUGGCUGCUUUGACACCGGAGUACAGUGCCAACACCAGUAAAGCUUUUACUUAUAAGCUGUUCCAUUACUGUUCCAGGACCAGGACUUGGAGCAACAAGGUGGUGAAGCUUAGAAGUGGUUUUAGGUCUGCUGACCGUACGCAUAUCAUUGACCAUAAGACAACAAAGGUAAUCAAGGUCGGAGAGAAUUCGUUAGGGUGGGUGGACCUAUGGCAUGGAAUAAUAUCAUGUAAUCUUCUUCAAGAAGAUCCUGGCAUGCAGUUCUUUAACUUCCCCGGUCCUAUGGAUAUAAACUCUCGCUAUUAUGGAAUAAUACCAGCUAGGUCGUUCAGGGAUGUGAUAUGGACUGGAAAUACACUCAGGAUUGUUGAGGUGGAGUAUAACCAAGAUGCAAAAGCUGGUGGUGACUAUAGUUGGAAGGCGAUAAUGAAGAUAAGAAAUAAAGGUACACGAUGGGGGACACAGAAUGAUGUUGAUAGUGGAAAUAUCAUUUUAGGUGAAGAAAGUUGGAAUUUGUUAUGGCAAUCGCACACGCUGCCGGAUCAUGUUCCAAGAUCAUAUCACUUGAGUAAGCUUGAGUGUUUUGCUCCAACACUAGGCAUAGAUGAUAAUGUUAUCUACAUGAUGUCCCGGUCAUUUUUGAGUGAGGAGAAGCCUUUCGGCCUAUUUGCUGCUGUCGACAUGAACAAUAAUGAUGCCAGGCUUGUGUCCUUUUCAACAGAAAGGCUGACAUAUGUCGAUCCAAAUUAUUGUCCAUGUACUGUGUCAAGAUACUUCCAAAAUGCAGGCCUCAAUACAAUUGGAGGAAAUCUCAGGUGGAUUGGUCUGAUCAAGUUAGCAGUGCUACACGAUAUUCUUGCUGCCAUUGAGACGCUAAAGUCAUUAGAUGCAAUAUUGAUGAAGGCUGAAAGGCCGGAUGAAACGCAGCUAGAUCAAACACAUCUAAGGAAUUGUUGUGUCUCUGUUGAAAUGCUUGGCCAGUGUAGUUGGCCCCUGCGAUUAUUUUUUACACCGAUGAGGUACCCCCAACCAGCAUUCGAUGCCAUGUCAUCGCACUUAAAGGGGAGUUUUCUCUUCUGGAUGAUAAGACUCUGGCCUUUAUGGACAAGGACCAGUAUGCCAGAACUGUCAAUAGCAUGCACUUCAAAAUAUGCUCGGUCAUAAAAGUGGCGCACAGUCUCGUAAAAGGAUUGCUGCCGAAGAAAUUGGACGAUCCACAUUAUUCGCUCCUAUCUGUGGAACGGUCGCUUAAGUAUGGAGAGUUGCCAUUGACACAGCACCUGAGGCGCCUUGAUGUGUCAGAAAGAGGUCCCACCCACCCUGUCAGAGGGUGGUCGUGAGGGGAAUGCAGUAGGGGAGACUGACUGCUGCUCUUCAUUUUCUAAUCCAUGAACUGUGUAAGCAGGUUUUGGUGGAUAAUAACCAGAUUUUGGUGGGUGAUAACCAAUCGAAUUUGGAUGAUUGUAUGUUUUAACUAGCAGCUGAAUUAUCAUAUAGUGCUCCCUCUGUUACUUCAUAUAAGACAUUUUUUGACACAAAAUGUCUUAUAUCAAGAGAGGGAGUACAAUACGAUAAAGUUUAAGCUAGAGUAAUUGGAUCCGAUUGUGCGCUUCAGUUUUAAGA